UCCUUAGGUCAUGACGCGAGGGAGGCACAGAGAGAGAGAGAACCGCCCACUUCUACCCCAUUUUUCUCGCCUCCCCAAUCCAUUUUUCCCUCCUCUCACAAAAACCCUCCUCUUUCUCUCUCUAUACUUUCCCUCCCUUUCUCUUCAAUUUCGUCUCCAAUCAUAUUACUUUUUCCUUCCUCACCCCAUUUCAUUUUCUAGGGUUUCAUACAAUCGCUUUAAAAAAAUGAGUAACAACAACAAAGAUCAGUUCGACAUGUCCGAUCUCGGUUCCAACCUGCCCGCCGCCGCCGCUGCUCUCAGUGCAGAGGAUCGUGCUGAUCUUGUUAAUGCACUAAAGAAUAAGCUUCAGAAUUUGGCCGGGCAGCAUUCGGAUGUACUCGAGACUUUGACACCGAAGGUCCGGAAGCGUGUUGAGGUUCUGAGAGAGAUUCAGAGCCAACAUGAUGAGCUAGAGGCAAAAUUUUUUGAGGAGAGAGCAGCACUUGAAGCUAAAUACCAGAAGCUUUAUGAACCUCUAUACACAAAGAGAUUUGACAUUGUGAAUGGUGUUGUGGAAGUUGAGGGAGUUACGAAUGAAGAAGCUAUCACGGGCCAAGAAGAGGAUAAAGCCACAGAAGAGAAAGGUGUGCCUAACUUCUGGAUCACUGCAAUGAAGACUAAUGAAGUAUUGGCCGAGGAGAUCUCAGAGCGUGAUGAAGAGGCUCUCAAGUAUCUCAAAGACAUCAAAUGGUGUAGGAUUGAUAAUCCUAAGGGUUUUAAGCUCGAGUUUUUCUUUGAUGCUAAUCCUUUCUUUAAGAACUCUGUUCUGGCAAAAACAUAUCACAUGAUUGAUGAUGAUGAACCUAUUCUGGAGAAAGCAAUUGGGACAGAGAUCGAAUGGCAUCCAGGUAAAUGCUUAACACACAAGAUCCUAAAGAAGAAGCCGAAAAAGGGGUCAAAGAAUGCGAAACCUAUCACUAAAACUGAAAACUGUGAGAGUUUCUUCAAUUUCUUUAACCCUCCACAGGUUCCUGAGGAUGAGGAUGAUAUUGAUGAAGAUACUGCUGAAGAACUUCAAAAUCAAAUGGAACAAGACUAUGACAUUGGUUCAACCAUUCGGGACAAAAUUAUUCCUCAUGCUGUUUCGUGGUUUACGGGGGAGGCUGUUCAGGGAGAUGAGUUUGAAGAUAUAGAUGAUGAUGAUGACGAGGACGAUGAUGGUGAUGAAGACGAAGAUGAAGACGAAGAAUUUGAGGAUGAUGACGAGGAGGAUGAUGAAGAUGAAGAGGAGAGCAAGAGUAAGAAGAAGCCUUCAUCUGGGCGGAAGAAGGGUGGCAAAACACAAGCUGGGGAAGGUCCGCAAGGUGAGCGUCCUCCAGAGUGCAAGCAACAAUAGUGUUAGGUUGCAGGCAACGGCAUAUGGUUACCUGGUUGUGACCACUGGUGGUGUUGGUAUUGCGGGUUUGAGAGUUUUGGGGGUCUGCUUCUCUCCUUGUCUGUUGAAAUUGUCUUGCCUUCUAUUUUGUUCUCCUCUUAAGAGUGUUCUACAGUUCUGGUCUCUCAGCUUUUCUAGGGUUCCCAUGUUGUGAAUGUUCAAAGAAACUAUUUAAUUUUUAUUAUAUCUCAAUGCUUAUCAGUAAUUUCUUUCCUGAUUC